GUAGCCUGAAGCUAUCCAGCCUCUCUCGCUCUGGUGCUCUCCCUCUCUCGCUCUCUCUCUCCAAUCUCUCCCUCUCUUUCUCUCUGUGUCUUGCCAUAGAGGGCUUUACAAGCAGUUCCCAGGCAGUGUGAUCUGUGUUUGCAUUCUGCUAGUUUAUGCUGGGGAGAACACGCAGCCCAUGAGCUCUAUAUGGAUGCUGUUGCUACUCUGAUUCUCUGGAAGCAAAAAAGAAUAUGUCCAGCACUCAGCAUGACCCUUUCUAUUCUUCUCCCUUUGGUCCUUUCUACAGAAGGCAUACUCCGUACAUGGUGCAGCCCGAGUAUCGCAUAUAUGAGCUGAACAAGAGGCUGCAGUCUCGUACAGAGGAUAGUGACAAUCUUUGGUGGGAUGCCUUUACUACAGAAUUUUUUGAAGAUGAUGCAACAUUAACGCUGUCAUUUUGCUUGGAAGAUGGACCAAAGAGAUACACAAUUGGAAGGACUCUUAUUCCUCGAUACUUUAGCACAGUGUUUGAAGGGGGUGUCACUGAUCUCUAUUACAUUCUCAAGCACUCCAAAGAAUCAUACCACAACUCAUCCAUCACCGUGGACUGUGAUCAAUGUACCAUGGUCACUCAGCAUGGGAAACCCAUGUUCACCAAGGUAUGCACUGAAGGCCGCCUCAUCCUGGAGUUCACAUUCGAUGAUCUCAUGAGAAUCAAGACAUGGCACUUUACCAUCAGACAAUACAGAGAAUUAGUACCUCGCAGCAUACUAGCCAUGCAUGCACCAGACCCCCAGGUGCUAGAGCAGCUCUCCAAAAAUAUAACUAGAAUGGGUCUUACCAACUUCACCCUCAACUACCUCAGGUUGUGUGUAAUACUGGAGCCAAUGCAAGAAUUAAUGUCAAGACAUAAAACGUAUAACCUUAGUCCAAGGGACUGUCUAAAAACAUGCUUGUUUCAAAAAUGGCAGCGAAUGGUUGCACCACCAGCAGAACCUACAAGACAGACGACCACCAAAAGGCGGAAAAGGAAAAAUUCUACCAGCAGUUCAGGAAACACAAACAGCACAUAUACUAAGAAAAAACUACCAGCUGCAAGUCUCAACUUAUCCAGUCAAGUACCUCUCAUCACUACAAAAAAAUGCAUAGGCGAUAAGACAAGAGUCAGGAGGAAUUAUCGUGGAAUACGGAACGGUUUGGAUGUGAUGGUGGUAGGAGAACCAACUUUGAUGGGAGGCGAAUUUGGAGAUGAAGAUGAAAGGCUUAUCACUAGACUAGAAAACACACAAUAUGAUGCAGCUAAUGGAAUGGAUGAUGAAGAAGAUUUCAACAACUCCCCUGCACUGGGAAACAAUAGUCCAUGGAACAGCAAACCACCCGCUACCCAGGACACCAAACCAGAAAACCCAACGCAGCAAGCUUCCCAAUAGGUCGACACACCAGAGAACUUGGCAAACGCAUAUGAUGUUGAGUUACAGAUCAUUGCAUUGUUUACUUUAUGGCAGUACAGAGUGUCAAUAUAUCUACCAAGACAUUUCUACAGAUUUCUAUUUCCUAAUGGCAUUGGGUUACAUAUUUUUCACUAAUAAUUGUGCAACGAAGAUGAGAUCUUACUUAUCCUACCGGUUGUGAUACUUUAUUAAUCCUAAAAUAGUUCUAUUAAUAGAAUAUUGGGUCCCCUAUGAAAACAUGUUGCAAUUAUAAAGCCACAAUUCCCCCAAAAAUAUCCUAAAAUAGAUGUAAUAAAAACAUAAUAUAAUAUUUUUACAUUUCACCUGACCUGCUUUUCGAAAUUAAGUUUUUUCUUAAAUAAUUUACUUAUGAUGUACAAGGUAUACAAAGCAAAAUUCAAGUUUCCAUAUGAGCUUCAAAGAUACACAGUUGUAACAAGCCUAUGUUGGCUUGAGAACAUUCUGUCCUGAUCAGUCUCUCAUGUAGCUUCCCUAAAGGGCUCAGAAGACAAGCAGAGGACUUUAUGAUUGCUUUCAGUAAUGGGCAGAGAUAAUGCCAAUUAAUUUCUAUACAUGUUUUAGGCUUAGUACCCCUUAAAGGGAACCUGUCAUCACUUUCAUACCGCCUAAUUCGUAAGUCAUGGGGGUUUCUCUCCAUCCCACCAGUUUGAUUGAUAGAGCUCUCUCUGUUUUAGUAUGGUAGAGAGCUAUCAAUCAGAGCCACUGGUGGAUGCAGAAGCCACUGGAACCAUUCUAACAACUUGUGGCUUGGGAAGUGUGAAAGUGAUAACACGUUGCCUUUAAAUAAAUUACAACAAAGUAUGCUAAAGUCAAUGGUGAUACUUGAGACCCUUUGAGACAUAUUCCAUAGUCCUGAGCUAAAAGUAGCAUGGGGUUGAGGAUCUAGACCUAGGCAUUAGAAUACUCUCCACAUCCUCUGGUAAGUAUAGUCUCUGAUGCAGUAAUAUCUACAAAGAUUUGGCAGAAGACAUAUCUAUUCGCAAGUUACUCAAGACAGUUACAGUCUUAUAAAAUAGUUUAGAAACUCAAGAAAAACUUAAUUAAUAAGAGAGGGGUCCAUCAUACAUCAAUUAGCCAGAAUAGUGACUGCUUACAAAGAACAAUGUUCUCUAGAGUACCCAGUCUUACAUAAUACAGACCACUGAUUCCUACGGGCAUCUUUCACUGCUUAUUUUGCCCUCUUGUGGCACUUGACUUAAACAAUUGUUGGCAGGUUCUUCAAAGAUUACAGCUGAUUUCUGUGGCUCUUAGAAAGGAGAGACCAUGUGAUCAACAUAUUUUGGGGACAUGGUUGUUUACUUUCUUACAUUUUCCGGUGUUUGUAUAUAAAGUAUCACAACCUGCAAAAUAUUUAAAAUCAUUCCCUUAAAGGGGUACUCCACUGGAAAA